UCCUGCUCAAGUCCCACGCAAGCUGUCAUCGUUUAAGCCGCUCAGAAAACAGAUCCAUGAGAUCACAUGACCUCUAAUCUUUGGACUAUUUCCGCUUUGGUUCAGACACUGACUGGAAAAUUUGUGAAGCGAGGACGAUUCAUUCAAAGCGUCUCAGGGCUGUGGAUCGUGCUGGUGGGGGACAAUCGGGCAGAAGGAGACGCACAAACAAACGUCGCUCCGCAGACAUGCUCACGCGCGUCAAAUCCGCAGUUGCCAGCUUCAUGGGUGGAAUCAUGGCUGUAUCGUCUAUUAAUAAUAAUGAACGUUCGGGUGGCUCGGACCUGCCGCUCAAAUACCCCUACAUGAGACCGAAGUUUCUAGGACUAUCGCCGGAUGAGAUCGAGUGCUCGGCGGACCACAUCGCUAGACCUAUCCUGAUCCUGAAAGAGACGUGCAGGUUGCCGUGGGCGACGGGAUACGCAGAGGUAAUAAAUGCAGGUAAGAGUGCUCUGAAUGAGGACCAGGCAUGCUGUGAGGUUGUACUGGUUAAGAAGAAACCUAUAGGACCCUUGACACCCAGAAAGACGGCUACAAGUAGAAGGAGGUCAUCCCUUCCCAAUAGUGUUGACAUGGGAAUGUGGGAAAAUGAUGCUUGUAUUUGUCCACAAGACUCAGAAGGGCUGAUCUUCCAUUACUGGGCACUGUUUGAUGGUCAUGCUGGUUCAGGAGCAGCAGUGGUGGCUUCCAGACUUCUACACCAACACAUUGUGGAGCAGCUCCAAGGUGUACUGGGGGUCCUGUCUAACCUGGCGUCUCUUCCCCCAACUGUAUUGGGUGAUGAACCCAACCACCAUUCAUCCCCAUGCACACAUCGGGCCCUCACCCGGGCUGCGUCCCUACGUGGGGCCACUGGUGCACCUGGCUCCCCCUGCACCCCUCCUACACGGUUCUUUGUGGAGAAGAAGAUCCAUCAUGAAAGCCUUGUGAUUGGUGCCUUGGAGAAUGCCUUCAAGAAUAUGGAUGCCCAAAUCGAGAGGGAAAAAUCUAUAUACAACAUCUCUGGUGGCUGCACUGUGCUUGUAGUUGUCUUCCUGCUGGGAAAGCUGUAUGUUGCCAAUGCUGGAGAUAGCAGAGCCAUUAUAAUCAGAAAUGGAGAGAUAAUUCCUAUGUCCACAGAAUUCACCCCUGAGUCCGAGAGACAAAGACUUCAGUUCCUUAGUUGGAUGGAUCAGUGUUGGGGUUUCAUGCAGCCCCAUCUGUUAGGAGGAGAGUUCACACACUUGGAGUUCCCCAGAAGGGUGCAAAGGAAGGAGGUGGGCAAGAAGAUGUUGUACCGAGACUUCACCAUGACUGGCUGGGCUUAUAAAACCAUUGAGGAUGAGGACAUCAGGUUUCCUUUGAUAUAUGGAGAAGGAAAAAAGGCACGAGUGAUGGCCACCAUAGGUGUUACUCGUGGUUUAGGAGACCAUGACCUCAAAGUCCAUGACUCCAACAUCUAUAUUAAACCCUUUCUGUCCUGCUUUCCAGAGGUGAAAGUGUAUAACCUGACACAAUAUGAGCACGGAGCAGAUGAUGUGCUAGUCAUGGGAACUGAUGGCCUGUGGGAUGUCCUUUCUAAUGAGGAAGUAGCAGAGACUGUCACCUCAUUCCUGGCCAACUGUGAUCCCGAUGACCUUCACAGGUACACAAUGGCAGCCCAGGACCUGGUGAUGCGAGCCAGAGGAGUUCUGAGGGACCAGGGUUGGCGAAUUGACAAUGAUCGGCUUGGCUCUGGGGAUGACAUUUCUGUUUAUAUAAUUCCCCUGAUGUAUGGUAACCGUCAGCCAUAGUAGGCUACUGCCCAGCACUUCUUUCACACAUACCCUGAUAUGUUUAAACUUACUUCCUCCCUUCUCUCUUUGGGUCAGUAUAAUGUGGUAAAUGAGUCUACUGUAGUAACAACCAUCACAACACCUAAUAACACUGUAUGUCCUCUUCUAAACAUGUUAAGAAAUAUUAUACCUGAACCCUUUUCCAUGUGACCCCAGACUGACCAAGUCUGUUUCUGCACGGCUUUGAAAGUUUUUAAAAGUUUUUAAUUUUUCUUCUUCUUUCUUCGUUUUUAUCCAGGGCAGGCAGUAAGGAUAUUUCUAAAUGCCAAUUGUUUAUAUUCUUGUCACUUCUGAGGAACUAUAAUGCACUUUUCCUUAGUGAUAUAUAGAAGUGAGAAAAGGAUAAUAACUGACAAUAUGAUUUUAAUGAAUUUGUUUGGCAUACUGUAGCUAUGAAUAAUUCUUAAACAAAGUAUUUUUGUUUGUCUAUUUGUUUUUGUUUUAUUUUGUUUUGUUUUGUUUUUUAUUGUAUCCACCCACAGUUGUACAGCAAUGUUUUUAUGUUAUUGGUUUGACACCCUUCCUGUCCUCUAUAGGAUAUCUUCUGAUUUGCAAGAUGUGGGUUAUUGAUAUCAAUGUAAUAUGUGUUAAUUUGGUUAACCCCUUAAGCCCGAAGUGUACCGCCGGCGGGACCCCUCCCACCCCCACCCCCCUGAUUCAGAUACAGCUGCCCUGCUAUAUCUGAAUCAGACUCUUGAAUGGGACUUGUUUGGUAAAUCCACAGUAAUUAACAGAAUGUAAAUUUACUCGUUUAACAUAAAGUCCACAAUCUGAACCACUAUUACAGUACAAUCUGAACCGCACCAGCAUUAAAAUAAAGGUUACACUUUAUUUCCAUAGUCCACUUUAGACAUUUUACUAACUAUAAGUAACUUUGCAGCUAGAUGUCAGCUCUCAUCGAUUUGCAGCUACAUGUCAGUUAACUCUCAUUAGAUUAUUAAUAGGGUUAGGGAGUAGGAACAUAAAUGAACAAGGCCUUACCAAAUGUGCAUAGUAACACAUUCCAGAGAAGAAGGUUGUAAUCCUUGUCGAUGGCAAUCAUCUUCCCCAUAACUCCUUAAUCUCAACUGGGGAAGGGGUGGGGGGUUGUAAUGAAUGUCAGGAUGAUUUACAAAAGCAGCAUUUUUUAACAGAUAUUUAAUUGAACUCAUUCCUUUGGCUUAAACAGACAGCAGUGUCAACAAAUCUGCAAAUAAGCUUUAUUAGUUACUAAGAGUUGAUUUUAAAGGUCUUUAUGUAUCAUGUAAAUUGUAUGUAAUCUUUGGAGUUAUUCCUUUGUGUUAAACAGUUAUUACAGCAACCUUAUUAACUUCUACCUCAUUUAUAGGAGAUACCUCAUAUUUGGUAUGCCUUUGACAGUUAAAAGAUUUUCUGGAAAUUGACUUUCAGACACAUCAUUUGCUUUGUUCCGAAACAAGGGACUUAAUUUGUUACAAUGUUGCAUUUUCUUCUUGGUUCAUUGGCAACAUUUCAAAGCAAAAGUGUUUAUACAAGUCAUAUGUGAGGAAAAACUCUUAUUGGUCAGAGUUUCCUCUGAGUCAUUCAUCAAGACAGAUUGACAAGUUCACUACAUGAGCUUAUUGAGUUUAUCUCUAGCUGUCAUCACACACGCAAACACUUAUAUGAAUGUAGCCGUCAUUCACUCUCUAACUGAUAAAUUAUAUAUAUUUAAUUAAAUUUAGAAUUAUAUAUAAUUUAUAAUGUGGUUAGAGCGGGAUUCAAGGCUUUGUCGGGACAGCAUUCUUGCACUGCACGGAGAAGCAGCAAAAACUCAAAGAACCAGACACUGCUGCUACAACACAUACAACACAUUUCCCAUCAAAAUUUAUGACACCACUUGGUUCAUUGGUCCAUUGGGUCGGAUUGUUUUCUCACCUCAACCAGACCACCCCAGAGUUCAUUUUCAAUUGGGCCGAGACCACCUUGUUCAGGCGAUCUUAGAGCGAUUGUUUUGGUACAAAUCCAAGCGUGACUGACAUGUUCAUAUAUGCCUAAACAAACGGAACUAAGGUAGGGAACUCCAGGUUCCGAAACAAAUGCUCCAAAUGAGCACCCGUAAAAACACCCGUAGAUUUGAGUAGGAUCUAUCAUAUUCACAUUAUAAAAGUUUUCACCCAAAGUGUUCACCAAACUCUCUGGAAGUUUGCAACCACGUGAUUAUAAGGACAUUAUGUUAAUUUCAUGCAAGAAGAGGAGAAUGUGUCUUAAGCCCAAUUCUGUCCAGAAUUGGUAAGAUAUUCUCAUUUCAGCGUAUCAGUGGACAAAUAGUUGAUAAAGUGUUAAAUAUUUAUUCUGAAUCAUUUGCUUACUUUACUGUAUGAAUUUGAUUCUGAGUCACUGUGAUUCAAAUAUUGCCUUUGAGUUACACUGAUCUGAUUUCCAUUGCAAGGGUUGAAUGAAUGAAAAGAGGUAUUUAUAUAGUGCUUUUUUCUUAUGUAUUACUGUACGCCCAAAGCACUUUACAAUCAUAUCAGGGGGUCUCCUCAACCACCACCAGUGUGCAGCAUCCACUUGGAUGAUCCAACGGCAGCCACAGUACAACAGCGCAAGUGCACUCUCCACACAACACCCAGCUAUAGGUGGAGAGGAGAAAGAGUGAUCAAGCCAAUUUAGCUUGUAGAAUAAGAUAGUUGCAAAUUUACUUAUAUUCAGUAGAAUGUCUGUUAGGGGAACAUCAAAAUAAACUGUUAGCAGAUAUUAAGUAGACAUUCUACUAAUACUCAUAACUUGUAGUUGCAAAGUUACUUAUUGUAAGUAAAUAUUUUAAAGUGGAGUAUCAAAAUAAAGUGUUAAAAUAAAUGUACUAAUCCAUCACCAGAUUUCACAUCAGGGAGAGUCUAAAAAUGAGAGGAUGUUUCUAUGUUUGCUGAUAGUGCACUUUCAAAUGUUUACAUUUUUACUGUCAUAACAGAUAUUUCAGU